AUGGAACUAAGUUAUUCAUUUUUCAAUAUAUUCAUUAUUUUGCUUGUUUCUGUUGAUUAUACAAAAUGUAUGUCAAAUGUAAUAGGUGGCAAAAUACUUAUACCAAUAUCAUUUGGGGCUUAUGCUUCAUUGGAUUAUCCAUUCAUAGUAUUUUGGGGGCAUCAUGUUUAUAGACCCUUCAAAAUACCAUUUUAUUAUGAUAAAUAUAGCGAUAAAUAUAAUUACUACUAUUAUCCUAAUUAUGAUUCGCAAUCGGUGGUACCCACUGAAUACAUUUCAUCAUCAUUAUCAUCGUCAUCAUUAUCAUCAUCAUCAUUAUCAUCAUCACCAUCAUCAUAUGAGAGUUAUGGAGAUAAUCAAAAUAAUGAAAUAUUGGAAAGUGAACGACAGGCGGAAGGUUUAUAUUAUUAUGACAGAAAUACAAAUGAUAAAACUUCACCUACCAGUCAAAAAGAUGAUCAAAGUUAUAAAAAUGACAAUUAUCAGACAUCCUUUUAUGAUAAUAUUAAAUAUACUCAGCCAGAUUAUAACACAGUUAAGAAAAAUAAAUCAAAUUCUAUGUAUAGUCAGUACAAUUACAAGAUGCCUGAAGUUACAAAUUCACAUUACAGGAAACGCUUACAUAAAGAAUCGACAUACAAGUAUAAACCUAAUGUACAUAAACUAAAGAAAUUCGGAUAUAAUGAUCAAUACAAAGCAUCAAAGACAGUUUAUACUAAUGAUAACCUUAGAAAAUAUCACAACAAUAACAGAAAAGUAAGUUAUCAAUCAAGUAAAUCUAAUGAUCACCAUCAUAUCGAUGAUCACUAUCAUUUCGAUGAUCACUAUCAUAUCGAUAAUCAUCAUUAUAUCGAUGACCACCAUCAUAUCAUUGAUAAAAAUCAUAUCGAUAAUGAACAUCGUAUGGAUAAUCUCCAUAAUAUCGAUGAUGACUAUCAUAUCAUUGAUCAACAUUAUGUCGAUAGUGAAAAUCAUAUCGAUAACGAACAUCAUAUCGAUAAUCACUAUUAUAUCGAUGAUCACAUAACUAGGUUUCUAAACAAGAAUAACGACAAGUCUUUAAAAAUGAAUUUGAAAUAUUAUAAUCAACUUACUGAUGAUAUGAGUAAACUGGAUAAUGAUAAUAAAAAUAAUAAUAAAUUUAAUUAUAGAAAAUAUCAAAAUCCUAAACGUGUUUACAAGAAACCAACGAUCAAUAGUCAAGAAAUGUUAAAUGAUAUUUAUGAAAAAAGGAAAUUAAAGAAUGGCGAUAAAAAACGUCGAGAGGAAUACAGUAAUGAUCGAAAUAAUAAACUAAAACCUGACAAUGAAAAGAAUUAUAUCGAUACAAAAACUAAUUAUGAUGAGGGGAUAAAUAGAAAAGCCCCAAAAAACAAAAUGGGUAAAUCAGAAAAGAAGAGAGAAUACAUUAAAAAAGAGGUUCAUAAAGAAGUAAAACAUCCAAGUGAAGAUGAUGUUAGUGUGAUUAAAGUGGUCAAUGAAUACGCAUAA